CCUUUUUCUUGGAAUUUACAAGCUCUGAGCAACAAGAAUUAAACCUCUGGUGAAAUCUUGUUAAAAUCUACUCUGUACUGAAUUUUGUUUCUGUAUAUCUUCCUCGUACCAAAGGUUAUAUCACUCUAUCUCUCUCUGGUUCAGGUUUCUCUUUCUGAAUAGAAGAAGCAUAAAGAGCACAGUGGUGUUGCAGUUGAGAUGGCAGUAACAGCAGAUUAUCAAGUCCAGUUUCCGGAAAAUGAUGAUAUUUACUCUAUACUAGCAGCUGAAGGGAUUGAGUUCCUUUUGUCACAUAGUGGAGAGGUACCAUUGGAAUAUAUUCACGGGAAAACGAUCUGUCUCUUCUUCUCUGCAAACUGGUGCAGGCCAUGCAAGGACUUCACUCCAGAGCUGGUAAAGCUCUACGAGAGUCUCCAGAAACGAGGAGAAGAACUCGAGAUCAUCUUCGUCUCAUUUGAUCAUGAUAUGACUUUGUUCUAUGAACACUUCUGGUCCAUGCCAUGGCUCGCAGUUCCCUUCAGUUUAAGCCUACGCAACAAAUUAACUGACAAGUAUAGGGUUGCCCGUAUCCCAUCACUCGUGCCUCUAUAUCCAGAUGAAAUCUCGGUCGCUGAUGACGUCAUUGGUCUGAUUGAAGACUAUGGUCCUGAAGCAUUUCCUUUCACUAAGAAGAGAAAAGAAGAACUCAAAGCCAUCGAUGAAUCCAAGCGCGUUGGAGGACAGUUGGAGAAACUCCUUACACAUGAAACUCGGAGUUAUGUUGUUUCUAGAAAUGGAAGUAAGGUACUAGUUUCUGACCUUGUGGGGAAGACCAUAGGUUUAUACUUUGGUGCACACUGGUGUCCGCCUUUUCGAUCAUUCACUUCUCAGCUCAUAGAUGUCUACAAUGAGCUUACAAUCUCAACAAAAGGCUCCUUUGAAGUCAUCUUAGUCUCAACAGACAGAGACGCAAGAGAGUUCAACAUCAACAUGACUAACAUGCCAUGGCUUGCAAUCCCUUACGAGGACAGAACAAGACAAGAUCUCUGUAGAAUCUUCAACAUCAAACUCAUACCUGCAUUGGUCAUCAUAGGACCUGAGGAGAAAACAGUGUGCACAAACGCGAGAGAAAUGGUGUCGCUGUAUGGAUCUAGGAGUUAUCCAUUCACGGAGUCCAGGGUUGCUGAGUUAGAAGCUUGUUUGAAGAAAGAAGGUGACUCGUUUCCGAGGAAAGUGAAAGAUAAGAAACAUGAGCAUGAGCUAAAGCUGGAUAUGGCAAAAGGUUAUGUGUGUGAUUUUUGUAAGAAGCAAGGUAAGUUUUGGGCGUUUUCUUGUGAUGCUUGUGAUUAUGAUCUUCAUCCUACUUGUGUGGAAGAACAAGAAGAACAGUGAUUUGUCUUAAAGAUUUUGUAAGUAAACAAUCAAGAUCUGUUAUGUUCUGAAAUUAAGACUCAGUUAAUGGAACUUUCAUAUCAUUAA